AUGGUUGAAAUAAAUAGCGAUGUAAAAACAAUGGGCAUUGCAAUAAAUAUGCAGCGAGUUUUUAAUCCAUUGGUCGAAGCGGCAACACUUCGAUUGCAAGACACACAAAUAGGAAACUUUAAUGUAGCUAUCGAAGAUUUGAAUGAAACCAAUAGCCAAUCAUACGAUAAUGAAUCGUAUGUAUCGAAUAGAGAGUUUGAGCUGCUGUAUCGUCAUUCGGUGACUUUAACGGCCGUUUAUUGUGUGGCUUAUGUGAUAGUGUUUAUCGUUGGUUUAAUCGGGAAUAGUUUUGUUAUUGCGGUCGUUUUGCGAUCACCACGAAUGCGAACCGUUACUAAUUAUUUUAUAGUGAAUCUAGCUGUUGCUGAUAUUUUGGUCAUAGUAUUCUGUUUGCCGGCCACACUCAUGAGUAACAUAUUUGUCCCAUGGAUUCUUGGUAAUAUAAUGUGCAAAGUUGUACCAUACAUACAAGGGGUAUCUGUUGCUGCAUCUGUUUAUAGUUUAUGUGCUGUAUCCAUUGACAGGUUUCUUGCUAUUUGGUGGCCUUUAAAGUUGCAGUUAUCGAAAAAACGUGCUCGCAUCAUGAUUGGUUGUAUUUGGAUAGUGGCAUUAGGCUCGACAAUUCCAUGGGCAUUGUUUUUCCAAUUGGUUCCCCUGUAUCAAGAUUCGGAUAUCGAUAUAAUGCUGUGCCGUGAGGUGUGGCCACCCGGACUCGAUGGUUCAAUGUAUUUCCUGAUUGCAAACGUGUUUGCAUGCUACUUGGUGCCGAUGUCAUUGAUUUCGCUGUGCUACAUUCUCAUCUGGUAUAAAGUGUCGAAGCGUUCGAUUCCCGGCGAUUCGAAGGAUGCACAAAUGGAUCGGAUGCAACAAAAAUCCAAGAUCAAGGUCGUUAAAAUGUUGAUUGCUGUUGUUAUUCUCUUCGUAUUGUCCUGGUUACCUUUGUAUCUGAUCUUUGCACGCAUUAAAUUCGGCAAUCCGGAGAUGACCACUUCUGAGGAGGAAUUCUUGCAAAUCGUGACACCGAUCGCACAAUGGUUAGGAUCAAGUAAUUCGUGCAUAAAUCCAUGUUUGUAUGCAUUCUUCAAUAAGAAAUAUCGACGAGGUUUUGUUGCCAUCAUCCGAUCACGCAGUUGCUGCACUCGAUUGAGAUACUAUGAGAAUGUAGCCAUUGUAUCGUCAUCGACAAGUACACGAAAAUCGUCACAUUAUCACAAUAAAAAGACCCAGUAUAGCCCAUCGAUUCGUUCCGAUGCCGUUUCCUACAUUUAUGAUCAGAGCUCACAGAAGCGACACGGAAUGCUUGGCAAACAGGAUAGCAACUUGUCACGCCAAAUGCUCGUGAAACAAGACAGCCACAGUUCGCGUCAGAUGCUGAUCAAGCAGGAAAGUUUUAGCAGUAUAUCGCGACAAGAUAGCAACGCAUCCCGGCAACUGCUGUGGAAACAAGAAAGUAAUGGUUCACGUCAUUUACUCUCCAAGCAAGACUCUCAAAUCUCCUACAUUGAUACGCGCAAGAGCCACUUAAUGCGACAAGAUUCCGAUUUGUCAAAGCGUGAUCUGUUCUCCAAACAGGACAGCACCAUUUCGUACAUUGAGCCACGCAAAGGUAUUCUCAACAAACAAGAUACACAAAUCUCAUACAUCGAAAGCAAGAAAAAUUCGUUGUGCAGCCAGGACAGCGAUGCAUCGUACAUUGAUCACAAGCGUCAUCAGUUGGUAAAACAGGAUUCAGUUGUGUCAUUCUCCGACCAAAGACCACCAGACAUGCACCGAGCCCAAUUGGUGAAACAAGACUCAGUGAUUUCAUUUGCCGAUCAGCGAAGGGGCUAUUUGCAUAAACAGGAAUCCGUGCUGCAGUUUCCGUCGAUGAAUCGAAACAAUGACAUCCAUCCACAUCAUCAUGUAUCGAUUCUAAAGAAAACCGAUAGUCAAACGAAUUCACCGAAGAAAAGCAUCGAAUUCAUCGACUAAUUCACUCGCCGCACCACGGCAGUGAAGUAGUGACCAUGCCCGAUAGAUAUGUAUCGUUGAAAUGCCGCCCACGACUAUCAACCAAAUGGUGUGUGUGUCACAAAUGAAUUUGGUCCGUAAAUAAUUAUUAUACAAUUAUUUAGAAACAAGAAAAAACAAAUGCGCCGGAAUAGAACAUCAAUAAUAAUUACAACAACAACAACCACAACAAGAAGAAAAAAUCGAUUAAAUAAAACAAAAAAAUAUAUUGUAGCGCACAAAACCAAAACAAAGAUGAACAAGGAGAUAAAUAAAAAAAAAUAAUGUGCGCUAUGUGCUGUGAGCCUAGCAUCUUAGGAACAAAAUGCAACUUGAAUCUGAUUAGUGAAACGUAAAUAAACUAUUUAUGGCUAAGUUUUAGAGUAGAUGAAUUGUGAUGAAAAGGGUAAUGGAACAUCCGUUUGUGAAAUGUUUUAGUAAACAAAAAAAAAACUGCACGCUUUUAGACAAUUUUGUUUGAUUUUAUACAGAAAACAAAAUGAGAAGAUUGAACAUAUAAUACCUUAGUUUAAGCAUGCAACAACUCCCCUUUUCCCCCAUUUUACGAUUCAGGUAGGUCAAACACACACAAUCACACAAAUACACAUACAAAUGGUGAACGUUUUUGAAAUGAGAGAAAUUUAAAAAAAAAGAGCCACAGACACAAAAACACAGACACACAACAAUAGCCACAUCGAAUGAAAUAAAUAUAUCAAUGUGAAACAAUUAUUCAUUGGUUGAAGACCUGAUAAACUCAAAGUCAAGUUGGACAGAAGCACUAAAUGCCACCAUCACUAACUGCUCCACAUCUGGAUAUGGCUGGUGAUGGUGGUUGAGAUGCAUCAUUCAGCUAUUUUGAUGGUAAAUUACACAUAAAUCAAAUGACUACAUUCAAAGAAACAAAAUACACACGAAAAAAGGAUUUUAAGACAAAAGGAACUUUUUGCCAUAAUUUUUCUUAAAACAAAACAAAUUUUGUAAAAUUUCUACAAAUGUAAAUCAAUAACAUAAGAAUCUAUGAUAUUUCAUCUGAAAAUGAAACAGUGAAACAAAGGAGAAUACUAAAUAAUUAAUUACACACUUAACGAUUUCAACUUGUCAUAAAAAUUACAAACCAACCAACAAACAAACCAAAAUGAUUAUUACUUGAAAUAAUGCGCAUACAUAUCUAAAGUAAACAAUGAAUGAACAAAACAAGUAUAAAUUUACACUGUAAGAUUUUAAUAAGGAUUACCUUAUCCCAUACCCUAUCCCUGCCCCUUCAUUUGAAUGUUUGAGUCCGUAGCGAGGCUAGCUAGAGGAUUAUGAAUUUUUCAACCAAUUUUCCAGAACGGUAUUUCAUCGAUACCGAUUUGUAUCUGUAACUAUACUUGAAUCAAUCGUUCAAAUCAUUUUCUUUCAACCAAUUUUUUAAUGAGAAAUUUUUUUUGGGCGUUUUCGGACUUUUUGAAAUGGCAUUUUAUAACAACAACAAAAAAUUGGAAUUAAUCGUCACUUUUAUCAAUCAUUGAUAUUGGAAAUUUAUCCGAAUUACCUUCUCUUUCUCCUUCAAAUGAAACAACAAGCAAAUAAGAAGAAAAUGUGUUGAUUUCAUGAUGCAUGUGCUGCCCGAAGGCUACGGACUUGAUUUAUAUCUAAUGAACAUUUAUUACCUAAUGGAAAGUGAAAAACCAAACCAAAAAAAAAAAACUACAAUGAACAACAAAAACACAUAAUAUGUCGCUUGUUCAAUCAGACCAUGUUCGCUUUUUUAUAUUUUCUAGUGAAAUACAUUUUAGUAAAACAACCAAACAGUUUAAACUAAUAAAUAAUUGAAUGAAAAUACAAUCAUCGCCACAAAACAAACAAAUCAAUUGUAGAUAAAUUGUUGUCAUAUCAAUUUAUUGAUUUAUUUUGCUGUGCAUUUCGGUUCUAUUGCAGAACUUUGCAUAUUUUGAUUUCCUUUCAUACGAAUUGCCAUUUUACAAAUAAAUAUGCAAACAAAACGAAGAAGAAAAUAAAACAUGAAUCAUAUGAAAAGCUGUCACUUUAGCACCUAAUUCUAACCAAAUUUUUUGUUUUUGUUUUUUCCCUCCAAAAAAAAAUUCAUCAAUUGAAUUAAACGGAUCUUUGCGAAAUGGCUAAAGAUUAAAAAAAAGAACACGCAUACUCACAUACACAAAAUCACACUCUAAAACCGUUGGAAUUGUAAGACAUUAAUCAAAUUCAUAAAAUACUUUCGAGUACUACCAUAUGAAAUAAAUUAUUGAUAAUCGAGAAGAACAAACACAAAAGUGCAAUCAAGGAAUUUUUCGUUGUAUUCGUUUUACCCCAAAUGAGAUUCACAAGUUCAAGAAAUAGUGAUAAUAAACCAAUAGCGAAACCCUCACUGUUAAUGAAGAAAAUUCGGAUUGAAUUCAAACGAACAAAACGAAAUUUGGUUUCACAGCGAUCAGACAGGCAUAUAUAUUUUCUUCAUUGUUCAAAACGAAAAACGAGUACAACGAAAGAUGAUUUUUAUUUGUUUGUUUGCUGGAAUUGAUCAUGGUUAUGAUUGAUCACAAUGUGAAUAAAAUUAACAGCGUGUGUGUGUGUAUGUUUUUUUUAAUGAAUGUCAAUGACAAUGUGAAUAAUGUAAAAUGAUUUUGCAACAAUUUUGAACAACCAAGACGAAGGGAAUGCAAAUAAAUUAAAAAUAUGGUAUAAACUAAAUAUCAGAGCACAAUAUGUUGAUGUUUUAAGCGAGAAAAGUUAUAGUUAAGAAUAGAGAAUAUUGAACGGUUUGUCUAUCUGCCACAAUUGAACAAAACAACAACAAAAGAUACCUGUCCAUGCCCCCAUGUUAUUGUUUCACACAUGGUUUAUAUAUGCAAAAGUGGCAAACAUUUUAGUUGGCUAUCAAAUACAUAAAUAUAUUUAAAUGUAAAGUGCGAAAUGCAAAACGAUUGUGUUGGGAAAAAAAAGACAAAUUGUUAGGUAAUUUAUGCGCGCUAUCAUUCUUCUUUGAUUAUAUGAUUUUUGCUGCAAAGCUGAAGAAAACACCAUUGUUGCUGUUGUUCUCCCGAGCAACAAUUUGCGAUUUUGUUAUCUGCAUCACCGUCUAUCUGUGUGCGCAUGUGUGAGAGACAAAUUUAAGUGGAGCUAGAUUAAGCAAAAUACAUAUAUAAAUAUAUAUUUUUAUUUUUCUUGUUCUGUAUAGAAAACAAAAAAAAAACAAAAACAAAGUGCAACCAAUGGCAUCAAAUUGAAGUUAUUUUAUCUAUACUUAUAAAAGGAACUAUUUAAUCGAUUUUAAAACUGAAUUAAAAUACGUAAAAUCAUUCUAUUUUUUUAAAACAAAAAGAAUAAGAUUGACUCUUUAUGUACUGCAACCGUUGCAGCCACACACACGCUGGCGCUCGCUGGAUUGCGCGAAGAAAUUGCACAAAUUUUUUUAAUAGAGAAUUUAUAAUAAUUAGACUUAUUGAAUUUCUCAUUUUAUUUUGUAUAUUUCUACAUAUUUGAACAUUUUUGACAGGCGAUGAACGUUCUUCCCCCCCCCCCCCUCUUUCGCUCUCUAUCUCUCUGUUGACCGAGUGAUUCAAAAUUGGUAUUGCGUUGUUCGAUUGUAACAUUGAACUUUACUGCUGUCGGAUCGAAAAACCCGUUGUUGAGGCUAAAAUGCCAAUCUAUAUCAAAUGGAAUUGUCCAUGAAGAGCGAAGAAAAAGCGAUUAAUAAUUUUCGAGCUAAAGAUUUGUCGGUGAAUAACCUCAUCAACAGGCUCUCCUACGGUGGCUUCUGCUGAAAAUAUUUUUUUUUUCGUUCAUUAAUCACAUAACGCUGAUGUUUUACAAAUGUUGAUAUUUUACAAGCACUCAUAAGAAUUUACGCAUUGUUUUUUUCUUUGCCAAUUGAUUGGUUUUUUUUUUAAAACGAUUUUACGAGUUCAACUUUUCGUCCACUUUAGAACGAAUAUUUAAUUGAUGAUGGUGAUGACAACGAUAACUACAUAUGAUUUUUUUAGUUGAAAAAGACAAUUUUUAUGUGAACACAGAACAAGUGAGACUCAUAUGGCCAUUUUUGCGUUUCUAAUUUUGGUGAGAUAUCAAGAUAUAUGGAAGUAUACAGAUUAGUUAUAAUUACAAACAACAACACACUCACACUUGAAAAAAAUUCAACAAAAAUAAAAAUCGACAAAAAAAAAUUACACAUAAAUUGUAAUUGAUAAUAAUAACAUUAAGACAACUCGUAUGUGUAUCUAUAUGAAGAACAAAAUAACAAUAUAAUAAUAAAAAAAAUAAAGCACAUAGUUUGAAUGGAAUCAGAGAAAAAAGCACAUUGAAUGAAUGUAGAGAUAUUGUAGAGCGGCGUAUUAGCGGGAAUGGCCUUUGAAUGUUUUAUUCGACCUAUAUCGAUGUGGGUCGAUGCCAUAUUUUCAGCCCAUUCGACACGGAUGCAUUGUGUUAAAAAAAAACUAGAUUUCUAUACAUGUAAUCGAUAUGGAAGUCAUCGCACAAACCAACAGAAGAAAAAAAAACCAACAAAUUCAAAUAGAGUUAAUCCAAGGUGUAAGUAAAGUAAACAUACAUUUAGAGUUUAAGUCUUACAGGCGCAGUCCCACUAAAACAACAAGAAGUAAAUGAAUUACAAAGAGAAGAAAUGAAAAAAAAAACAACAAUACAGAAAAGAUUUCAUAACUUAAGCGAUAAGAGCAACUCUAGGCUUUUUUGUAUACUAUGGCUAUAUCUUUAAGGGACACACUGUGUGGCGUAUUAUGUGCCACACUUAGGAAAUUUAGACAAACAAAACAUACAAAUGAAACAUUUAAACUCGACGAAAGAAUGUCCUGGAAUUUACUGCCCUAUCAUUUCCAGAAUUCAUUUUUUGCCUGUUCCAAUACGUGAACAAAACAUAAACACACACAAACACAAAUGAAAAAACAAUAAUAUUUUAUGCUCGAAAUUCUAUAGUUUUCCGAUGAUUGAAACAAAUCAAAAUGCAUCCCACUCAAUCAAAAAUGUGUACUUUUAUCAAAUUGAGAGAUUUCCUCAGUUAAACCGUUUUAUGUUUAAAUCCAGAAAAAAAACCAAUCACCGACCCACACACACACA